UCUUAUAAUUCAUGAAUGUUAAAUGAAGUAUUCGAAAUUACAUCACACUUUCAACAGAACGGCUUCCACCGAGAAGAGAAAUAUGAAUUAGAGUCAGAAAAGCCUUGCCAAAUAAUGACUAGCCUAAUAGUUGCUGGACUUGGCGUCGCUGGAGCUGCAUUUGGAGCUCGGUUUUUGAUACAAGCUUUUAAGAAAGUGAAUAUCAAUGCAAUACAACAACAGAUACCAAAGAUAAAUGCCUCGGCAUUUAGCGGCUACUACAAAGGAGGUUUUGAUGUGAAGAUGACAAAAAGGGAAGCAGCAUUAGUUCUUGGUGUCAGUCCAUCAGCCAACCGAAUGAAAAUUAGAGAUUCACACAGAAGGAUAAUGUUGGCAAACCAUCCAGACAAAGGUGGAUCACCAUAUCUAGCAUCCAAGAUAAAUGAAGCAAAAGAUUUACUUGAAACUACUGACAAAUCGUCAUGAAACAUAAAUUUUUGGUGUGAGAUGCAAUUGUUACUCAUCUGAACUGUCUCUAAGAUUAACUGGGUUUUAUUGAUAAAACAAAGCUUGUUUAUUCAGAAGCCCAAAUGCUACUGUAAAACAGGCAUAAUCCUUAAUCUGGUAAAUAAAACUCAGGUUGAAACUAUUAUUUUGUUUAUGAAAUUAAAAUUGAAAUUAAGUCGAAACGCAUGUCAUAGAUUUUGAUAGGCAGUUACUCUAAAAUACUCUUGUUAAGGAAUAAGAAAAUUCAUUGAUAAUUUGUGUGCCAUCAUCAAUCAUUGGCUUGUAGGAUGAAAUGUCAUUCAAAUUUGUAUAAAUGACUAUUACUGAUAAGUUUUGCAUUUUCAAAGUGUUUUUAUCAAAACUUGAAAAUUAAGCACAUGAUAUAGAGAAAAGCAGAAAGCUAGACAUUCCUGUAGAUAUUUGUGAAAGUGAGGCACCACCUUUUAUUAUCCAUCUACACUAUUAGUACAAAGUAGCAACAAAGCCUUACAAAAGAAAGAAUUGAUUAAAAAGUAGUCAAGUCUUUUAAUUCAAUUUCUUAGUUUGUUGCCCACCAGUUUGCCAAUUAUCAUGUUGCAAGUGUUUUUCACUCAUAGACUUUGUUUAUGUGUUAAUUUUUGGUAAAAGGCGUCUAUUUUGAUUUGUACUGGCUGUAAUUCUAUGACUUGUAUUUCAUCUCAACUCAUUCAAUGAUAUGCUACACCAAAAAUUUCACGAAGUUCGUUUAGAAUUGUGGAUAUUGCAUGUAUGUAGUGACAACAGCUUCCUUAUAGCACCCAUCUGAAGCCUUCACAAGUGCUUGCUUUUUAAUGUCUAUAAAAUUCGAUCUUGUUGAAUAAUUUAAAAUUCUUCUUAAAAACAUUAUUUACUGCAAUUUGGUAAAAAUUAAUUACAGUUGUUCUUAUUUUGUAAAAAUUGAAUGCAGCAACACAUAACCCUAACAUUUUUCUUUUUAUCAACUAGAGAUCCUUCCACAAGUUAAUAAAAUUAUCUUGAGUUUUAUUGGCAAGAUCGAUUUCCCUAUCAAACUUCAUUCUGUCACAACGUGUCUGGUUGCUUUGAUAAGCUAGAUGAACUGUUUCCAGUAACAAAAACUCGGGACCACGCUCGCUAUGUUACAUAGAUAAUCCAUCCUUAUACCCUGGGUGCCAGAGCCACGAAAUUUCGAGCACGGAAAUGGAAAACCAAUCGGAGAAGCGGAGGAGCAUCCGCUCCUUACUUCAUUUCCCCGUUCGAAAUUUUGUGGCUCUGGCACCCAGGGUACCAUUCUUAUAACAAUGUCAACGACUCGCCCUUCUAAAUAUGUUAUUUUCCAACUUAAGAACUUACGACUCGGCCCUAGGCAAUAGGGAACUAAGUUAUUCUUAUCAUAUCAUAAAGGAUAUAGUUAGCCCUCUGGUCAACAAAUGGUAUCUUGUACUCCUAGAUCGAUCUUGUUAAAAGUUGAAUUUGAUGUAGGAGAACCAGAGGCGUAGGUAAGGGUAUUUCAGGGUUUGGGAGUGUGGCAUCGCCCAUUCAUGAGCUAGUCGGUAAACCUUCAGUUGAUCAACAAAACCCAUAGUUAGUUGGUAAAAUAGCCUGAUUGUAGGUCAAAUAGCAACUAAUUUUUUCUUUAUCUAUGUCUUCGUUGGUAAAUUUUACUUUUGAUGACCCUUCAAACCCUGGUCUGGAAGAGGUCGCGUUAGGCCACUGAGCAGAACUAAUGAACAAAUAUAAUCAGAACUAAUGAACAAAUAUAAUCGUGUAAAUCAUGAUCACUAGCUUUAAUUGCUAUUAACACAAUAAGGUAAACUUAUACAUAAGUAUGCUGAGUUCAUAGUCUCAAAUUCUACUCGAAAACGAAAAGAAUAAUGUUUAUAUUGUAAUGCAGCGACAAAGAUUAUUGACAUUUCAACUGCUUAGGUCCAUAGUACUUUCCAAAGUAAUCGUUGUUGGUCAUAACCAAUUCAACACUGUCACUCUCAAAUUCUCUGUAAUUUCCCGUUAUGACGAUUGAGCCUUUUAUUUUGCUCGCACUACAGAAACACCCAGAAUCUGAAGGGACCUUUUUUACUGCUACAUCUGUUUUCCGAGUAGAAAUUUUCUUCAAAUCCUUGAUAACUGAAGUGACUUUGAAAACAAACAUUUCUUUAUCUUCCUUCACUCUUUUUCCAACAUAAGCUGAAACAUAAAACUUUUUUUAUCCUUGGUUCAGUAGUUCAUGUUUGACUGGUAUCAGUGAAUUUAUUUAGGCUGAUAUUUGAUAUGCAUGGGAAAAACUGGGGGUUGGCCAAUGUUAGGUUAAAGAAUAAUAGCACAAGUUUUUGCAAAAUAGAAACCCUGUCCCCACUGUCUCCCCCUCUUCAGGGGCCCUGAAAGGAGUUUAAAAUCAUAGGGUAAGUAGGGGGCACUCAAAACGUUUUAAUGGUGGAAAAUUGCAUUGUACCGGAGCUCGAUCUUUGCUAAAAAGUGCCUUGUAGUGGGCUAAGUGAGUGCUUCAGAUUUCCACCUUGUGGUAAAAGGACCUAGCGAAAUUCGCCUCAUUCGCAAGCUGAAAAAUUGUUUUUAAUUGGCAUGUUUACUCUUCUUUAAUGCGUUUAGGUUACGCUAUACAAAAUACUCCGAGUCACACUUCUCCGUAUAAACGUUUUUUUACAUUUUUCGGCAAAAUGUUUCAAUACCAUGAAAUUAAUGUUUUGGCAAACAUCAUAGUAUUUCAGAUGGCUGUUAAUGCCGUUGUUACAAAAAGUGCAUUUGUGGAUCUUUAUAUGUAUGCGUAAACAGUGAACCUUUCCAGUUAAAAAUUAUUUUUUUAAGAGUAAGCCAGAUGCGUUUCCGAUAGCCUGGGUAUCGAAGGGGAGAAUGCUUACCAUCAAAACAGCGUGCACCUUUGCGGAUAGAAAAGUUAGGCCAGUCUAUAUAUGCUUUAUGACAUAAGGUUAUCCACCCGAAGUAACCCAUCACCAUCUUGUUUAAGGGAGGCUUAAUAAUACGAGGGUGAACAAGUUGCAAGCCAUGCAAAAACCCGCAUUCCUAAGUUGUUAAAACAUACCACUUUGCUGAUAAUGUCUUAAGAGUAAGUAAAAUAAGAGUUUUGCCGUAGCUGUAGCCCCACUACACACGCUUAAAGCCGCAAAACUGACAAUGGCCGCAAUCCAACAAAGAAUCACAAAAAUCCAUAAGUCAAAAUUAAAAAACAUGUUCGAGGAGCCGUCAACAUGUAAUAGCCCCCCCCCCCCCUUGGACCUGAUCGCCGUAUUGCGCAAUUACGGCGUGGAUCACAACAUUGAUCAUUCAGAAACGAGGGCAUGUCCCCCCCUCUAAACUUUAACUGCGAAAGUCACUUAAAAUUUCCCAUACAGGAAACAUUAGUUUUUCUUACCGAAGUCACUUUUCUCGAUGCUCGUGCAAAGGUCUGCUUGAUCACAUGGCGUACAAAGGGGUGGUAAUUCACUUGGCGGUAAUAUUUUCGUUUCCGCGUCAGUUCUCUCGACUUCUGAGCCUGUCAUUGGAGUUUCUGUUGGCGGUGAUUUUGUUAUAUCUUCGCUCGUUCUUUUCAUUUUUGAGUCUGUCACGGCAGCUUCUGUUGUCUUAG